GGAGGCGUCUACUCUAAGAGGCAGUUUCUGGCAACUGGUUAUUUGCAUCGUCCUUGUCCGAGCGCGUGGUUGUGAUUUCGGCGAUGAGCUCCCAGAAAGGGAACGUGGCCCGUUCCAGGCCUCAGAGGCAUCAGAAUACGUUUAGCUUCAAAAAUGACAAGUUUGUUAAGAGUGUUCAGACUAAGAAAAUUAAUGAAAAACUUCAUGAUGGAGUAUGCCGGCGCUGUAAAGAAGUUCUUGAAUGGCGUGUAAAAUACAGCAAAUACAAACCAUUGUCAAAACCUAAAAAAUGUGUUAAAUGUUUACAAAAGACCGUGAAGGAUUCUUAUCACAUAAUGUGUAGACCAUGUGCCUGUGAACUUGAAGUCUGUGCAAAAUGUGGAAAGAAAGAAGACAUUGUUAUUCCGUUUAAUAAAGAACCAGAAAACGCAGAAAGCAUUGAAAAUAAUCCACGUCCCAACUGUAAAAGAAGCUGCAGAAGAAAUGAAGAAAGUGAUUUAGAUUUUGAUAUUGAUUUAGAUGACUCAGAAGAAGAUGACAAUCAAGUAAAUUAAUAUAUUAAAAGUCAGUGUGGAAACAUGGAAUUCUGAACUUUUGACUUUGAGGAUUUUACCCCAAACAACGAAAUCCUAAUGAAGAAUUUGGAAUAACCUAUAGAAAUGGCAACAUUUAUACAUGGACAAUCUAAAUUGUGUAUGAUAUGAAUAAUUACAAAACUUUAAUUCAGAGUUUUCUUACAAUAAAUUAUUAAGUAGCAUAUGCCAAAAUGAGUAUAGGGGUGUCAAAUUCAGCUCAUGGGAAUUAUUUAGAAGAAUAUACUACCUAAUAUCAAAGUAAACAAGAUUGAGAAUUGGUAGUUAUGUAAUAACUAUCUCAUGGAAAAAUCAGAUGACAUUAUUACUGCUAGCUUCAAAAAUUGGUCAUCAGUAUGUACCUUUUGAUAAAUUGAUAUCAAGUAAAUGACCCAUAUAACAAAA